GAGAAGUGUGUGUAUACUCUGUAUGUCGGAGUAUUUAUUCUGCAUGCGCUUAAAUUUAGGAAAAUUUAGUGUGUAUAAAUUAGUUUUAAAUUUAUAAAGGCAAGGAAAGUACAACAAUAGUAAUCUUAAAAUGCCUAGAUCAAAGAGAAAUAAACAAGUGGAAUUGGCAAAAACCAAAAAGCGAGGUUUAGAAGGGAAAAAACACUUGUAUCAAGAAGUUCGCUCGUGUGCUGACAGUUAUGCUCAUAUAUUUGUAUUCACUGUAACUGACAUGAGGAAUUCAAAGAUGACAAAUGUUCGAGAUCAGUGGAAAGACAGCAGAUUUUUCAUUGGUAAGAAUAAAGUUAUGGCAUUGGCUUUAGGUAGAACACUGGAGGAAGAAUACAAACCUAAUCUUCAUAAAAUUGGUCAACGACUUAAAGGUGAACGUGGCCUUUUAUUCUCUAAUCGGUCAUCUGAAGAAGUACUCAGUUGGUUUCGCUCAUAUUCCGAAGGGGAUUUUGCAAGGUCGGGUAAUAAUGCAACUGAAACUGUUGUGUUGCAUGAGGGAGCUUUAUCUCAAUUUCCUCACAGUCUUGAGCCAUACCUAAGACAGUUGGGACUUCCCACUACAUUAAAAAAGGGAAUUGUUCAUCUCGUCAAAGAUUAUGAAGUAUGCAAGGUUGGUGAUACUUUAACACCCGAGACUGCAAAGAUUUUGAAACUUUUAGGCUAUGAGAUGGCUGAAUUUCAAUUGAAAAUAGAAUGUGUAUGGUCAAAAGAUGGUACUUUCCUCGAUCUUUCUCCAGAAUCUCGUAGUUCUGAAUUAAAAGAAAAUGCUGAAAAGAAUAAAGUAAAGAAAAAGAGCUUAUUACUUAAAGAUUCUCCUCAAUUUGAACCUAUGGAUAUUGCAGAUUCUACUAAAGAACUGAAUAAGCAUAAAUCGCCUUUAAAUCAGAGAAAAACAACAGAAAAUGAAAACUUGAUUAAUAGCACAGAACAUCCAGGUCAGAAUGGAGUAGAUGGUGAUAUAGGAACAGAAAAGUCUGAUGACCCUGAAUCAGAUGCUGAAGUGUUAAAAAAAGGUGCCAAACAAAAGAAAGCUGUAGAGAAAAAGGCUGUAGCUAGAAGAAAAUCUAAGGCUAAAUCAAAUGCUAUUAAAGAAGCACUUGAAAUUAUUGAAGAUUUAGAAAAUGAAGUCUUAUCUGAAGAUGAGGAUAAUACACAAAGUUCCAAAAAUACCAAAGUUGUAAAAUCUAAAAGAAUAAAUUUGAGAAGUAAAAAAUUGCAAAAUCAAAACAGUAAGGAAGAGGAAGUAGGCGAUGAUAUUAAACCUGCAGACCUUCCAACUCGUGCUUCACAUAGAACUGCUACUAAAAAGAAAGUUCAAGAAAAAGCUUCUGUAGAAGAUAAUUUUGUUAGCGAAAAGCAAAGUUUUAUCAGAACCCGUGCUGCUAAAAGGAAGGUUAUUGAUGAAAGUAGUGAGAAACGAAAAGUUGCAGAGAAACCAGUUAUUGUAAAUAAAAAAUCUAAAGCUAAAUAAAAUGUUAUUUUAUAAUGA